CUGUCAAGUAGCCUCCUGCUCCUCUCCUGUCUGCCAAUGGCUCACUGCGGCUCCUCAGAGCCCGGCGCAAAGGUCCAGGCGCCGGACAGCGGCGGGGUCAUCCUGUCGUCGCAGGGGGGCGUUGACCAGAGCAUGAAGCCGGUGCUGUUCGAGAUCUUCGGCGAGAUCUGGACCGUGCAGUCGCGCCUCGGUCAGGGAGUGUCGGCCUCUGUGUAUCAGGUCAGCUCAGGCAGAGCCACCACCGCCGCUGUCAAGGAGUUCCAGGCCGACUCUCAGGGAGGAGAUUACGGUUAUCACAAAGAGAGGACCGUGCUGGAGGACAUCCAUGGACACAAAAACAUCGUGACUUUGUAUGGUGUGUUCACCAAUCACAGCUGUAUGGGUGUUACCACUCGCUGUCUUCUUUUGGAGCUCUUGGAUGUCAGUGUGUCUGAGUUAUUGGUGAGAGGCAGCACCGCAACCCAAGGUGGGAGACAGCAAGGUCAUUCCAUGUGGCUUGUCCAACACUGUGCCCGAGAUGUCCUGGAGGCUCUUGCGUUUCUUCACAAGGAAGAAUACGUACAUGCAGACCUCAAGCCACGCAAUAUCCUUUGGAGUGCCGAUGAUGAGUGCUUCAAACUCAUUGACUUCGGUCUGAGCUUCAAACAGGGAAACCAGGAUGUGAAGUACAUCCAGACAGAUGGGUAUCGUGCUCCAGAGGCUGAGCUUCAGAACAGCCUGGCCCAGGCUGGAGUGGAGGUGGAGGGUGACUCAGGCUGCACAUCUGCUGUGGACCUGUGGGCCCUGGGCAUCAUUCUCUUGGAGAUGUACUCAGGAAUCAAACUCAAAGACACUAUCCGCUCCCAGGAGUGGAAGGAAAACAGUGCUGCCAUUGUAGACCAUAUCUUUGCCACCAAUAACUUGGUGUGCCCUGCCAUCCCUGUCUAUCACCUCAGAGACCUUAUCAAAAGCAUGCUGCUCAGUGACCCAAAGCAAAGAUGUACAGCUGAAACUGCCCUGCUGAGCCCGUUCUUCAGUAUUCCCUUUGCUCCUCACAUUGAGGACCUGAUCCUGCUCCCCUCUCCUGUCCUGCGUCUGCUCAACCUGAUUGAUGACAGUCAUCUACACAAUGAAGAAGAGUACGAAGAUGUCCUAGAGGACAUGAAAGAGGAAUGUCAAAAGUACGGCUCAGUGGUUUCUCUGCUUAUUCCCAAGGAGAAUCCAGGGAAAGGACAGGUCUUCGUUGAGUAUGCCAAUUCCAGUGACUCCAAAGAAGCCCAGAGGCUGCUGACGGGCCGCACUUUUGAUGGGAAGUUUGUUGUGGCUACUUUCUACCCUCUCAGUGCAUAUAAAAGAGGUUAUUUGUAUCAGACUGUGCAGUGAACGCCUCAUGUUCAAUUUACACCUCUGCGUUACUUGCAUGAUACAUACGUAAUCUGCAGGGGGCGCAACAGCUGUAGAUGAGACAAGCAACUUUCUACUCCUAAAAAAAAAAAUGUGUUGUACGCACAACACACAGUCCUCAGUGGUUGUCCGUUAAGUUUGAUUUGGUGCGCCUACUGGUUUUUGUUUUGUUUUGUUUUUUUCUUGGAAAGCAAAGAGAACAGGGACAUCAGUACCUGCAAUGGAGAAACAUGGAUUUUGUGUUUCAGGCCUUGCUGUGUGUGUUGUCAGAAUUCUGUUGGUUUUCUGUUGGUGCAGACCUUCAUUCUGUCGUUGUGUGACGCUGACGCAGACGUCGGCCCGCGACACGAGCCGCGCACUGUGAAUCCAAAUCCAUUUGAGCUUUCUGGCUAAUGUCUUCUCCUUAGUGGCAAACAUGGACAGGUGUUAUGUUUUGCCUCACAUGCAGAUUGCGGUACUAAAGAAAAGCAAAGUUUUACUUUUUUUUGUUGAAGUAGAAAAACGUGCGCUCCUACUUAGUAUAGCAUAGCUAGCCAAUUAGCUUGCUUACACUUGGAACAGUUUAGAGAUGCUCAGUGUUGUGGUUGUUUUUUGUUUGUGUAUAUAUAUAUAUAUAUAUAUAUAUAUUUUUUUCUUUCAUGCUGCUGCUAACAAAACCGUGUCUGAUUUGUAAACUCUGGUUACAAUUUACAUCAUGUGUUAAUCAAAUGGACACCGACACGCUCACUCACACGCCUUAAA